AAGAUUGUGAAAGCUGCGCAAAAAGGGCGACUGUUGUGGGCUGAACGAGGUUUAACAGAUGAAAGCGAAAUUUUGAAGUUUUUGCAACAUGGCACUUUGGUCGGACUGCUGCCUGUUCCGCACCCCAUACUUAUCAGGAAAUAUCAGGCUAAUUCUGGGACCAAUCACUGGUUUCGAACUUACCUCUGGGGCAUCAUUUAUCUAAGGAAUGUUGAUCCUCCAAUCUGGUACGAUACAGAUGUGAAAUUGUUUGAAAUCCAGAAAACGUGA